AUGGCGCGACGGCUCGGAGACCAGCUUCUUGCAGACAUUGCGAAGGCUCAGGCAGAGGUCGCCGCAGCCGGGGUAGCGGCAAGUGAAGCUCCUGUUGUAGAAGCGAGCGACAUUCCCGUCCUACCGGAGUCUCCACCACCACCUCUUCCUGUCUCGCUGCAGAAGAAGAAAGACGCGGCACUUCUCACCAUGCAGGCCAUCCUCGCGACCGCGACGAAACACCCAUUAGUCGCAGCCACGAUGUCCUCACUGCAAGUGCCGGGAGACGGCGGAUGUCUCCUGGACGUCCUCACCCGCUGCGUCUCUGCCUCUGCCGUCUCCAAGCCGCUCGCUCGCACCCUGGUCGAGUCCAUCGUCUCCCUCGCCAAGUCAGAUGCACUUUUUGCUUCGCCGCGCCAUUCGGACGCGUCCUCUCAGCAGCUGGACAAGGGAAAGCGCAAACGAGACGAGGCCGAGGAGACGGGCGCCCUCUACUCCCAGCCACCCCCGAAACGCGUCGCGAUGCCCAUGCCCAUAGACCAACCCGACCUGUUAUACACCAUCGGCGAAGCUCUGCGGGUCGUCUCGCACACACUCUCGGGCCUGUCGUCCCACGUCCCGACCAUCGACCCUGGGGUGAUCUCGUCCAUCCAGCUCCCGCUGCACCAGAUCUUCCUCUUCGCGGUCACGUCCGCCCCGCGCGCGGGAGAUGGUCGCAUGCAGGUCCUGCAAGAGCUCGCCGGGCUCGUCCAGAUGCUCGGCGUGCUCAGCGGCAUCCACAUCGGCCACCCUCCGCCGCCAUGGCCCGGGGCUCCCGCCCUCGCACCGUCGCCGGACAUCGGGACGGCCGUGUACCCGUGUCUGGUCCCCGGCUGCCCGAAGACGUUCCAUCGUCUGUACUCCCUGCGCGCCCACCAGCGCCUCCACACCAUCGAACACCGACCGUAUCGGUGCAUGCAAUGCCCGGCGUCGUUCGUCCGGAACCACGACCUGAAGCGGCACACGCUGCUGCACGACAAGAAGGCGUGGCGGUGCGCGGGGUGCAACAAGAUAUUCUCGCGACGGGACGCGAUCAAGCGACACAAGGACGCGCGGGGACGUGCGGUGGGCGGGAAGGGCAGACCGGGAGCCGAAGGGGACGUCGACGGGGCGUGCGCGUUCGCGGAGAUCGAGGAGGUGGAGGUGGACAAGGUGGAGGGCGAGGAGGAGAUCAGCCGGCGGGCGAAGCUGUGGAACGGGAUCGCGGCGUCGUCGGCGGGGACGUCGGUCGCGGAGCACUUGAACGGGCCGGAGGAUGGGGAGAUGGACCCGGGGGUGAUCCACCAAGCACAGCACAUGGUGCUCGGUAUACACGCACUGCUGCAAGGCGAGGUCACGAAGGGACUCGGUGCUCCGGCGGCAACACCUCCGACAUCGGCGCCGCAGCUGAGCCAGUCGACGCUGGCGAGCAUCAUCGCGCGGGCACAGCAGGCGACGGCGUCGCAAGAAGGCGACGGCGUUCUUGGGGAUGACGAGCCAGCACAGGACGAGUUGCCCUCGUUCGACGCGGUCCCGAUGGACGUCGAGUCUCCCGCCGACGCCGACACCGACGCUGCACCUAACUCUUUGGCCGCACCGCCGUCGCUAUCCCUUUCAUGGCUGUCCGAAGAGCAGACACGUCUUUUGGAGCAGGCGAUCGCGCAGGCUGCAUCGGCUGCUCAGGCGCAAGCAGAAGUAGAAGCGGCGCAGGAAGAAGAGGACGAGGAGGAGGAUGAGGACGACGAAGCUGGAAUGUAG